AGUGUGCUCUCUACUGUGCACCUGCAGAAGUUCGAGAGAGUCCUCCUUGACACACCACCUCUACGCAAUAUCUCCAAAGUAGAGGGGCUGAUGUGCCUUCUUUAUAAUUGCAUCAGUGUGCUGGUACCAGGAAAGACCUUCGGAAAUAUGCACGCUCAGGAAUUUGAAGUUCUUGACCCUUUCCACCAUCAUCGCGUUGAUAUAAACAGGAUUGUGGGUCCCUAUCUUACCCCUUCCAAAGUCCACAAUCAGUUCCUUGGUUUUGCUGGUGUUGAGAGCCAGGUUAUUGUGCUGGCACCAUUUGAUCAAUCAGUCGAUCUCACUUCCAUACUCUGACUCAUCACCAUCAGUGCCCUCCAGACGUCCACAUCUGCGCCAGGUGCGUCGAGAUGGGGCUCCUAAGGGAUCGUGUUAAGAACCUGGAGCAGCAACUCGAUGACCUCUGUCUGCUCGGGGAGAGCGAGGAGGUCAUAGAAAGGAGUUACAGGGAGGUGGUCACUCCAAGACCACGGGAGACAGAAAACUUGGUCACAGUUAGGAAGGGCAAUGGGCAGAGGCAGGGACUGGUGAGUACCCCGGUGGCUGUACACCUUGAAAAUAAGUACUCAUGUUUGAGUAAGGGUGGGGGAGACAGCCUACCUGGGGGCAGCGACAGUGGCCGGGCCUCUGGCACAAAGACCGGUCCUGUUGCUCAGAAGGGUAAGGAACAGGGGUAUCUCCCUGUUCCUGCUCUCGCCAGCACGAGGAACUGGAAGCAAACCGGAGAUAACCACCCUGGAGGUCCUGCUUUUUAGCAGUUUUCCGAGCUCUCUAAAGUCAUGCUUUGGUCUGUUUGCUGAUGACAUUGUGGUGGUGGGCCUGAUCUCAGACAACGAUGAGAAGGCCUACCAGGAGGAGGUGGCUGAUCUAGCACUCUGGUGCCAGGAUAACAGCCUCCUCUUGAACAUCAAAAAAACGAAGGAGCUGAUCAUGGACUUUAGGAGGGCACAUCAUCCGAGGACGUACACUCCAUUGAGGAUAAAUGGGGAUCCUGUGGAUAGGGUGAACUGUUUUAAAUAUCUGGGAGUCCACAUCUUCGAGGAUAUGACAUGGGCAUCACACGCCUCAGCACUCGUGAUUAAGGCAAGGCAGCGCCUUUACCACCUCAGGCAAUUGAGGAAAUUCAGAGUGUCUCCGAGGAUCCUCCAGUGCUUCUACGCAGCGGCGGUGGAAAGCUUCUUGUCCGGGAACAUUACCAUCUGGUUUGGGAAUUGCUCUGCCAAGGACAAGAAGGCUCUGCAGAGAGUAGUGCGUUCGGCCGAACGCACUAUGGGAACUUCACUCACCCCCCUGCAGGAACUAUACAUCAGGAGGUGCAACUCCAGAGCCAACAAUAUCAUGAGAGACCCCUUCCACCCCUGCAAUGGACUGUUCCAGCUGCUACUGUCAGGCAAACGCCUCCGUUGCCAUGCGGUGAGAACAGAGAGGUUGACAAGGAGUUUCUUCCCAGAGGCCAUUCGGACUGUAAAUGCCUAUCUCACCAGGGACUACCUCUACUGAACGUUUUUCCUUCCAUUAUUUAUUAUGUAAAGGUAUAUGUGUGUUAUGAUUGUGUUUAUAGUUUGUUUGGUUGUUUGUCUUUUUGCACAAAAGUCCGCGAGCAUUGCCACUUUCAUUUCACUGCACGUCUCAUAUGCGUAUGUGACAAAUAAACUUGACUUGACUUGACUUUGAGAAUAUUCAUCCCCCAUCUUUCCGACAUCGUUUGUGCUAACAUGUACUACAACUUCCGGCUGUUCACCUUCGCCCUUGAGGAUUUUCUCUCCGUGACAUCCUGGAUCCUGGCACCCGGGAGGCAGCACACCAUCCUCGAAUCCCGUCUGUUGCCGCAGAAACCCCUGUCCAUACCUCUCACAAUGGAGUCUCCAACCACCACUGCGUCGCCUGACGUCAGCCUCCUUGGUUUUGGCUCAACAGCACUUUUUGCAUCGCAUAAUCUAUCCAUACACAAAACUUAAAGUGAUGUAGGAACUCAGCGGGUCUGGCAGCAUCUGUGUAGGGAAUGGACAGACCGCAUUUCAGAGCAAAACUCUUGAUUAGACCCAGAUGGAGAAGGGUCCUGAUCACAAAAGAUUCCACCCACAGAUGUUCCCUGACCAGCUCAGUUCCUCCGGCACUUUGUUUCCUUCAGAUUGCCCCAUCCGCACUUUCUUGCAUAACCUAUCCACAUAUCUUUGCAAACUCUGUUUGUUACUCACAGCUCACUUGGACAUCAGUUUUGUGUUGUCAGCGGACAUGCACAUAUAUCCCUCUGUCUUUUGAUUAAAUUAUAAGUAGUUGAAUGCGCAGAUCUAACGCUUGCUGGCUGACCUGAAAAAUAUAUAAUUUCUACUAUUUGGUAUAUUUUAAUUAAUCCAGAUGCUUCAGACGUUAGUCAAAAACAAGCAGGAUUCAUGGGACAGGUAUAACCAGCUGAGAUCAAGUGCAUCCCUGGAGGAGUUUCGGGAACUAAAGGGCCUGUCCCACUAUACGAAUUUACCUAUAAGCUCUCCCGAGUUUAAACAAAAUCAAACUCGUGGUAAGUACGUAGAAUGAACGUAGUGGGUAUGUCAGUGCUCUGGACGUCUCUUAGCGGCAUGUAACCUUAACGGUAGGUACUCGGGAAACGCGGUAAGCUCAUGAAGUUUUUUCAAAAUAUUGAAAAAUGUCCACGAGAGCCCCGAGUACCUACGAGCGGCUAUUACCGUAAUUCUCCAAGUUCGAAUCAGGGGAAACUCAGGAGAACUCUUGAAUUACCUCGUACAGUGGGACAGGCCCUUGAGGAGUAAACUAAAAGCUGAAAUCAGAAGGGCAAAAUGGGGCCAGGAGAGAGCUCUGGCAGGUUGCAUUAAGAACAAUCCCAAAAUAAUUGAUAAAUGCAUGGGGGAAAAGGAUAACUAGAGAGAGAGUGGGACCUCUCAGGAAUCAAAGUGGUCACCUCUGUGUGGAGCCACAGGAGAUGGGCAAGCUCCUUAACAAGUAUUUCUCCUCUGUAUUUACUGAGGACAGUAGGAUGGAGGGAAUUGGAGCAGUCACUGGCAGUGUCUUGAGAGCAGUCAGGGUUACUGUCAAAGAAGUACUGAAGGUACUGUCGUGUUUGAAGGUAGACAAAUUUCCAGUGCCUGAUCUGAUAUAUUCGAGGACAUUGUGUGAAACGAGAGAGGAAAUUGUGGGAGCCCUGGUUGAAAUUUACAAGUAAUCAUUAAAUACAGGAGAGGUGCCGGAAGUCUGGAGGGUGGCAAAUAUUGUACCUCUUUUCAGGACGGGCUGCAGGGAAAAUGCUGGGAACUAUAGGUCGGUGAACUUAACAUCUGUAGUUGGUAAGUUACUGGAGAGUAUUCUGAGGGAUAGGAGAAACAGGCAUUUGGAUGAGAAAGAGCUGAUUUGAGAUAGUCAGCAUGGUUUUGUACGUGUGAGGUCGUGUCACUGAAUGAUUUUUUUGAUGACGUGACCAAAAAGGUUGAUGAGGGCAGAGCUGUAGACAUUGUGUACAUGGACUGCAAGUAAUGCGUUCAACGAGGUUCCGCAUGGUAGGCUGUUCUGGAAGAUUAGAUCGCAUUGGAUCCAAGGAGUGAUAGCUGAAUGGAUAGCAUAUUGGCUUCAUGGAAGGAAGCAGAGGGUAAUGGUGGAGAGUUGCUUCUCAGACUGGAGAAGUGUGAAGUGUUGAAUUUUGAGAUGUCGAACAAGGGCACGACCUACACAGUAAAUGGUAGGUCUCUGGGUUGUGUUGCAGAGCAGAGCGAUCUAGGAGUACAGGUGCAUGGUUCCACGAAAGUCGAGUAGCAAGUAGUUAUGGUGGUCAAAAAGGCUUUUGGCACUUUGGCCUUCAUCAGUCAGAAUAUAGAGUAUAGAAGUUGGGAGGUCAUGUUGCAGUUGUAUAAGACGUUGGUGAGUUCAGUUCUGGGCACCAUAUUAUAGAAAAUAUAUUGUCAAGCCUGAAUGGGUUCAGAAAAGAUUUACGAGGAUAUUGCCCAGGACUAGAAGGUGUGAGCUAUAGGGAGAGGUUGAGUAGGCUAGGUCUCUAUUCCAUGGGGCGCAGGAGGAUGAGGGGAGAUCUUAUAGAUAUACACAAAAUAAUGGGAGGAAUAGAUUGGGUAGAGUAUCUUGCACAGAGUAGGGGAAUCGAAGACCAUAGGACGUAGGUUCAAAGUGAAGGGGAAAAGAUUUAAUAGGUUUCAGAGGGGUAACCUUUUAACACAAAGGGUAGUGGGUGUGUGGAAUGAGUUGCCAGAGGAGAUAGUUGAGGCUGGGACUGUCCCAUAGUUUCAGAAACAUUUAGACAGGUACAUGGAUAGGACAGGUUUGGAGGGAUAUGGACCAAGCACAGGCAGGUGGGACUAGUGUAGCUGGGACAUUGCUGACCGAUGUGGGCGAGUUUUGCCGAAGAGCCUGUUCCUACACUGUAUCACUCUAUGACUCUAUGUUUAUUGGUCAUUGAUAAUUAUUGCAUCGGUCUAUGUCGAGGGGUUGAAAAGCAAAUCACAGCUUUGGGAAAAAUGUUUCCCAAUUGUGUGAGGGAAGGGGUUUAAUGUAACAGGCGGUGCUGUGGAUGAGAAGAGGAAAUCUAGAAACAAUGAAUUGCAGAUGUUGGUUUUAAUACACAAAAGGACACAAAGUAAUGGAGUAACAGGCAGCACCACUGGAGAACAUGGAUAGGUGAUGUUUCCAGUCGAGACCCUUCUUCAGUCUGAAACAUCAUAACAUCCAUUUUAUCCAGGGAUGCUGCCUGACCCGCUGAGUUACUUUGUGUCACUUGGGCACUCUGUGUCCUUUCUAGGAGAAAAAAUUAUUGUUCCUACAAAGUUACAUUUGAUCGCGUGAACUUUACGUCAAUAUUUAAUUGUUGCCACAAGCGGAGAGAGAGUGAAAGAUAGAAAGCCGUCAGAAGAGAUAUCCUCAGUGGGUUAUCAUAAAUACACCACCAGUUGCUGCAUUUCUGCCAGAGUUCAGGCAAAGAGGAUGAGGUGGAAUUUGCAAUUGGCGCUGAGCUUGGCCAUAAACACACUGUGCGUCCACAUUUUAACCAUUCGUUCCCUUGAAUGUGGGUGUGAUGAUUUAGCUAUGUGCAAACCCAUCGCUGCAAGUCAUGAAGUCCAAGUGGAGCUCUUUACCAUUCAUGGCGAUGAUGAUAACUGGAAUCAAUAUGAUUGGUCGAAGAUUACAACAAUUGCAGUCAAGGAUUAUGCUGACAUUGAAAUAUUCUGUGCUGCCCAUGCAAGAAAUGUUCGUGUUGUCUUGAAUGAGGAUUUCGAGCUGGACUUAUUGAAAAACAAACGUGAAUGGGCAAACUGGAUUCAAUUGAUGGGAGACUUUAUAAAUUCAGUAUUUAUGGAUGGAAUCAAUUUGAAUCUGAAUGAAGCGCUUACACAUGGAUCUGAUUAUUACAACGAUUUGACCCAGUUGAUUUCUCAACUUAUAGCCUAUUUCCACCAAGAACUACCAGGAUCUCAGAUAUCCUUUAAUGUGCCGUGGACUCCGAAAUGCAAGAGUAAAAGAUGCUUUGAUUUUUUGGCGAUUUCACACAUGAGUGACUUGUUCUUUGUUGAAUCCUUUAACAUUCCCAACGAUAUGCGGGAAGGUUGUGUUGCAACAACAAGCUCCUCCUACCACAAUGUGUUAACAGGUCUCUCCGACUACAUCAAACUGGGCGUUGACUCCAGGAAGCUUGUGAUGGGCGUUCCAUGGUAUGGUUAUGACUACACUUGCAAGCGUUUUUCUGAGGCCGGUAACUGUGAAUUGGAAAUGACUUCCCAAGAUGACCCCUGUAGCUAUACAGCAGCAGUUGCGAUCCAGUAUAAGGCAAUCAUGCAACGUCUGCCAAGAUCUCUGACUGGGAGGUUCUGGAGUGACGACCAGAAAGCUCCGUAUUUUGUCUACAUGGAUGGUAAAACCUACCACCAGGUCUGGUAUGAUGAUCCAGAGAGCAUUUCAAUGAAGUCAACUUUCUUGAAGAGGCUCAAACUCGGUGGCAUUGGUGUGUGGAGUCUAGCUGACGUGGACUACAAUGGAACAGCCUGGGCAACGUUACAUGCUGAGGAAAUGUGGAAUGCCCUCUGUCCUCCAUGAAGAUCAUCCUGAGCUCAGAACAUUUAAUCUCUGUAUAAACUAUCGCUUAGUGUUCCAGGGAAACAGAACAAAUAUGAGCUGCUUUUUAGCGUUAGAAGUGAAAUAAACAUAGAUCUGGAAAACCGGCAAUAUUUUAUCCAAUAAAAUUAAGUAAAUCCACUCUAUUCAAAGAAACGUACUAAUCAAAUUACAAAGCGACGAAGAAACUCAACGGGGCAGGCAGCAUCUCGGGAAGGAAUGGGAAGACAACGUUUUGGGUUGGGACUCUUCUUCAGACUGACUGUGAGUUAGUAUAGUAGAGGCACAAGGAGCUGCAGAUGCUGAUUUAUAAAUCGGAAGCAAGUCUUGACCCAAAACUUUGUCCAUUCAUUUCUGUCCACCGAAGCUGCCUGAUCCAGAGUUCCUGCAGUACUUUGUGUUUUGCUCAAGAUUUUAGAAUCUGUAGUUCCUUGUCUAUGAUGUAUGACACAAUUUGUAUUGGAAUGUUUACAAUUUGAAACAGAAAUUGUUUUGUAAAUUCAUCAACACUGUAUUAUCUAUCAAUCUGCUUAAAUUCAGCACAAACACAACCUUCUUGACAAUGGAAUUCUUAUAUUGUAGGCAUUUAUCUUUGCCAUUGAGCACCAUUUACAUGGGUUAUGUACAUCUUUUACUUUUUUACA